GUGUUCGACAACGAAAACUGCACUCCACUUCAUUACGCUGCAGAACAAGGACAUUACGAGAUUGUGCAGUUACUGUUGGCCUGCGGAGCCAGAGCUACUACCAGUGACAAAUGGGAUGCCAGUCCCGCGCAUUAUGCGGCACAAUUCAGUGUGAGCUGUCUCGACCUAAUACUGGCCAAGAACAAUUACGUGGUACGCAUUCCUUGUCAUUUUGAGCAGUCACUGCUCAUAGUUUGA